AUUAAUCUUUGACUCCCAUUAAGGUCAACAGAGAAUUAAGUAUUGAUAAGCAUCAGACUUCCAUGAUAAAACUAAAAUCCCAAACUUCGGAUCAUAGUGAAACCCCCUGCUCAGAUCAAGAAGAACCUGAAAGUAUUGGAAAUCUAAUUAAAAAUGAAGUGAUUCCUCAAUGGAAUCAAUACAUGUCAAUCAAAAACUUAAGGAAAGAAGCAGACCCUUCUAUAAAACCUCGAGCAGAUACAUUUAAGAAGAAGAUACUUAGAGACUUACGAGAAUUCUACAGAAUACUAUUCCGAAAGAGGUUCCAUUUAUCCGAGUACAAAACAAUCGAGGGAAUCUCUAAAUGAGUAAGAACCUUCUUUUCAGAGCUUACUCUAACCCCAUCUCCUGAAGACCUAUCCGACUUCCACCUCUUCCGGUUCCUGCACCAGACCCACAAGACCACGUGCUCUAAAAUAACUCCUCACUUGGUCACCUCCAAUACUUCUUCCUUUCUUGCAGUUGAGAAGUUCAAUAAUAGCAGGUAUAUCUCCUUCCUAUCGCACUCUCUCAGUUCUCAAAUGCUUACUCUGAUCUACAGAACCUACCUCAAAGACUACACUCCCUUUAUAAAAUCAGGUAUUCGCAAGAAAGUAGUCUCCCUUCUGGCUGAGAUCUUGGAUCAGAAAUCAGUGUAG